AUGUCUACAGACGAAGAGAAGAAAUUCAACGUCGUUGAUACUGUCCGCAGUAUUUCAGAAGAUGAUGCUUCAUCCUCUGCUGAUACUGAUAUGUAUGAGUUGGAAGGUAAUGAUGCCAUCUUAGCCAAAAAAAUGAAACUUAUAAAUGAUGCUAUUGAUGAAAUUGGUUUCACUCCUUAUCAUUUAAAAUUAUUUUUUUUAAACGGUAUGGGUUACGCUACCGAUUCACAACUUUCUCAAAUUGAAAGUAGUGUCAGAACUUAUGUUAAUUAUCAAUUUGGUUGGACUUAUCCUAUUUCAAAUGAAAUGUUGGCUAUUGGUUUAUUAGUUGGUGCUUUAUUCUGGGGGUUCUCUGCUGAUUUAAUCGGUAGAAGAACUGCUUUCAAUUUUUCUUUAUUCCUUUCAGCUGUUUUAACCAUCAUGAACGGUGCUAUGAGUUCUAUGGCCACUUACUGUAUCUUUAUGGUUCUUUCCAUGUGGGCUUGUGGUGGUAAUUUAGUCUUAGAUACAUGUGUGUUUUUAGAAUACUUACCUCAUAAAGAUCAAUGGUUAUUAACAUUCUUUGCUUUCUUCUGGUCUAUUGGUCAAACUGUUGCUGUGUUAUUAGCUUAUGCAUUCUUACCAAAUAAUUCUUGUUCUUCGGCUGAAAACUGUCCAUCUCAUGAAAACAGAGGUUGGAGAUAUGUUUUCUAUACUAACGGUGCUAUCGUUUUAGUGUUAGCCAUAUUAAGAGUUACAGUUAUUAGAUUACAAGAAACUCCUAAGUUUUUAGUUUCCAACAAUCGUGAUGCUGAAGCUGUUGAAGUUUUACAAAGUAUUGCUAAGAAAUAUAACAGAAAUUGUUCUUUAACUUUAGAUCAAUUAGCUCAAUAUGGUGAAAUUGAAAGUAAUGAUGAUUAUAGAAAAGAUACCUCUCUUGCAGGUAUCUACACCUUAGUUAAACAUCAUGUUCAGAUUUUAUUCUCCGCCAGAAAAGUUGCUAGAUCUACUGCUUUAGUGUAUUCAUCUUGGUCCCUUUUAGGUAUUGCUUAUCCAUUAUAUUCAAGUUUCUUACCAGUUUAUUUAGCUACCAGAGGUCAUAAUAUUAGUGCCGAUACUACUGCUGGUGUUUAUCGUGAUAAUGUGGUUGGUAAUAUAUCUUCGAUGGGAGGUCCAAUUAUUGCUGGUCUUUUACUUUACUUCUUCCCUAAAUUAGGUCGUCGUGGUGUUCUUUUUAUUGGUGGUAUUGUCGGUAUGGCACUUUUAUUCGGUUAUACUGCUAUUAAGAAUCAUACUCAAAAUGUGGCUCUUUCUUCAGCUUCGUAUGCUGGUAUGUAUAUCUAUUAUGCAUGUUUAUAUGCUUAUACUCCAGAAGUUUUCCCUGCUGUGGCCAGAGCUACUGGUAAUGCCAUUGCCAUUGCUUGUACAAGAGUUGCUGCAUGUAUUGUGCCUGUGAUUGCUUAUUAUUCAAACACUAGUUCUUCAGUUCCAAUCUGGAUCUGUGGGUCAUUUAUUGGAAUUAUUGGUGUUUUAGCACUUUUCUUACCAUUUGAACCUUCGAAACAAAGAGUUGUUUAG